CAUAAAUUCGUUUGUGAGGGGAGGUAAAAUACUACCGAGGGACAAGUGCGUCUUGCUGCCCUCGCUGUUAGUACACCCUGUUUAAAUUUGAAGAUGGAAGGUAAAACUCCGGUUGGUAAUUCAAAGCCUGCUGUAAAAAAGUUUCAGAAAGUCGUUAAGGAUGUCAAUCUUGUUCGGCGUCACACACAGCAGUUCGCGAUCUUAGCCAGCGAGAGAGAAACCUUACACAGGAAAACAUUUACCAAAUGGGUGAAUGCAAAGCUUGCUCAGCAUGACCCUCCACUUGAGAUAAGAGACAUCGUUAUUGACUUGAUGGACGGGAAAAUGUUGUUGAACCUGCUGGAAUGUCUUCUGAAUUGUCCAUUGAAAAAGGAGAAAGGAAACAUGCGUGUUCAUAAGCUGAACAAUGUUGAGCAAGCCAUGGAUUUACUCGAGAAACACAAGGUAAAACUGGUGGGUAUCAAUGGAUUCGACAUCGUUGAUGGAAAGCCUCGUGCAAUCCUUGGACUCAUGUGGAGCAUUAUUCUCCGAUUCCAAGUCCAAGAGGUAAUGCAGGAAACAGUAACAGAGGAGACGGCCAAAUCCUUCAACGUCGAGAAAAAACUGCUUGAUUGGUGUAAGGAACGACUGAAAGGGUAUGAACAGUAUGUCACAAUCUCAGAUUUUACCUCGAGCUGGAGAAAUGGCCUGGCGUUCAACGCUCUUAUCCAUUCGUACAGACCUGAAUUGUUUGACUUUGAUGCCCAGCAAAAAUCAUCAAUUCAAGCGAGGCUGGAUAACUCCUUUAAAAUGGCAGAGAAACACUUUGGAGUUCCUCGCUACCUUGACUCUUCAGAUAUUGAUGUCGAUACCCCCGACAAGAAGCUAAUAAUCAUGUACUUAACAGAGCUGUACAAUUACCUGGAGGGAAACAAGGCUAAGGAGCGGAAAGCUUCAGCUGUCAACGAGCUGACCGUCACUAUUGAUAGUCUGGAAGCUGUCGAGGGAGCUCUUAAUGAUAGCUGGGACCAGCUGGAUAGUAAACCGGCCAUCAGUAAAUCGGAGCGUGAUAAGGCUGUUGCUCAACUAAACAAGAAUUUAAAUGAAGUGGAGAGCGGACUGUCCGAUGCAGAGCACCGCAAACCUGUGUUCAAAGAGAAAGAUUCUGUGGAUUUAGAGACAGCGAUAAAGCAGCUGGAAGAGCAGAAGAAGUUUCGUGAGGAUCUCGAGCCCCUGAAGUCUCGUACAUAUGAAGUGUUAAAUGAGGGUAGAGCCAUGAUAGGCGAAGGGUACUUUGACAAAGGGGAAGAAGAACACUUUCAAGACAGAAUGAAUAAUGUCGACAAAAGAAUGCAGAACCUUCUGGAACAUUCUCAAAGGGAUCAAGACAAGCUUGCUUUAGAAAGAUCAGUCCUUUUAAAGCAACAGUUGGCUCGAAUGAACAGCUGGCUGACUAAGGCUGAGCGGAAGAUGAAGCAAGGAAAUAGUCUUGGUCCUAACUAUGAGGCUGUUAAGACGAAGUUGGAGGAUCAUCAGAAAUUCCAAGAAGAAGUUGGAGACAUCUCCUUGGUAGCGUCGGUGUUGGCAACUGAUUUAUCUGACCCAGACUUGGAUGGCAAAACACGGGACAAAGUCAAAGACGUCAGCAGCCGGUGGGCUAAAGCAUGGAACUGGAGCGCAGAUCGAGGCCAAAAGUUGACAAAGGCUAUGAUUGACUGGCAGAAAUUUCGAGAUGAGGAGCUUAUUUUGCUGAACUGGCUGAGCCAGAAAGAGAAAACACUCAAGCAAGUAGCAAACACGGAUGUUGCCGACGAAGAACAGGUCAAAGAAAGCCUAGAACUUCUUGAGGCCACUCAAAAGGAACUCGAAGAACAAGAGCAGAGAUUGCAAAAACUUCGUCAUUUAGGGGAAGCUCUCAUUGAGGAAUCUGAUCAUGAUAAAGAAACGACCAAGGACAUCAAAGCUCAGUUGCAAGAUUUUGACGACUGCUGGAACCAAGUGGCCAAAAGGGUCAUUGAUGAAAAGGAAAAGUUAAUUAAUGCGCAAAAUAAAAUGAAGGAGAUGUACGACCUGAUGGACUCCGUUAAUGUCUGGAUAGACGAUGGACAGGGCUUGAUGAAAGAAUAUAAAGAAGAUAUGCCGGAUGAAGAAAACGAAAACCUCAAGAAAAGAGCCCAGAUUAAGUUGGAAGAAAGGCCCUCUAUGCAACUCAAGGUAGAUCGUGUUAAUCGUCUGGGUAAAGACGUCUGUAACAUUCUUGAUGGACCAUCACAGAAAGCUGUUAAAGGAGAAUUGCAAGAAUUUAAUGACCGUUGGCGAGAUCUGACGGCGGCCAUUGAAAGCUACAGUGACAAGGGUUACCCGGAUGUGAACGGCAGCGAGUGUUGUCUUAUGAGGAUCAUCAAGCGAAAGUUCAAAACUCUUUCAUAGAGAACAAUCAUGAACUUCGUCAAGUUUAAAUACUUUUUCAUAGGGAUAAUUCAUGAAGUUUAUGAAAGAAUUUGCAAAAUGUAAUGACAAAACCCCUUCGAUCAAUUGCUUGAAUUAACUUCAAGGCGCAUAAGAACAUUUAGUUCAGUUUAAACGGCGUGGAGGAAUUGCUACACAAGAAGAUCAAAAUUAGGAAAACGAUCAUCAAAGAAUAGAGCUCAUUGUUUAGCAGUUUAAGUUAAGUUUCCUACACAACUAUUUAAUUAAGAACUACAUGCAAGCCUCCUUGGCUCUAGCGUAAAGAAAAUUGCUCAGAAUGACGUAGCAAUAACCGAGUCAAAUUGCAUAUCGUUAUAUAACAAUUAUAUUCAGAAACGUUCAAUAGACGAACAAAAAACAAACAAGCCAAAACAACAACGCAAGAACAGCAACAACACCAACAACAGCACAAUAAUAAAUAGAAUUUGGGCCAAUUAUAAUUAUUCCUAUUCAAUAAAUACCCAUGGAUCGAGUGACAGAGCUAGCACUAGCGAUUGUUACAUUCUAAAAUUAAAUACCAAAAAUAGAAGACUUGCUAUACCGAGAUAAUUUCGAUAAAAUGUGACAGUCGUAUUACAAUACCAUGUUUCAGUGAGGUUGGUUGGAGGGUGAUAAAUUAGUUUUGAAGCAUUGAAUUUAUAUAUUGGAAAUAAAAGCCUGUUAUAUUGCCUGGCAGAGUUGAAGAAAAA